AUGACCAUGCCUAAUAAAUCCAGCCUCAUAUUGCGGGGCGCCACUGCAUCCGAAACGACGCCGGUUGAUGCAACACCCGACCAAAAAACGAAUGCCGUGCCCAAUCAGGCAAAUUCCGGGGCUUGGAAUGCUGCAUCGGCGAAUAGUAAACAUGGGUGUAAAUUGAGUGCUGAUGAGCACGCGCUUCCUGACAGGUGCCAAGAAAGCUUGGUUGGAGCGAUGCAAUCUACAUGUGUGACAAACAAUGGAUUAGAGCCACAAGUUACGCAGAAUCAGGGAUUGACGAGAUACUCAGUGGAGUAG